AGCGCUGCGUCAUCAUCCAGAAAGACCAGCAUGGCUUUGGCUUCACCGUAAGCGGGGACCGGAUCGUCCUGGUGCAGUCUGUGCGGCCAGGUGGAGCUGCGAUGAAGGCUGGGGUGCAGGAGGGCGAUCGGAUUGUCAAGGUGAAUGGGACGGUGGUCACCAACACCUCCCACCUUGAAGUAGUGAAGCUCAUCAAAUCUGGCGCUUACGUUGCUCUCACUCUGUUGGCCUCCCCUCCUUCCUUUACGGGGCUCCUGGGAUCGCAGCAUGACCGGCAACAGACGGGCACCCCGCAAGAUGCGUUCACGUGCCCGCCGCUGCCCCCGCCUCCCCUGCGUGUCACCGCCGGGCCAAAGCCACCACAGGACCCAGAAGUCCAGAAACACGCCACGCAGAUUCUUAGAAAAAUGCUGCAGCAGGAGGAGGCGGAAUUGCAGCGAUGCUAUGAGGUCUACAGCCAGAAUCCUGCUUCUUUGCUCGAGGAGCAGAUCGAAGGGGCUCGGCGGAGAGUCAGCCAGUUGCAGCUCAAGAUUCGGCAGGAGAUGGGAGAACUGGUGGACUCCACCCGCCUCCCCAGCGAUUCCGGUUCCUUCAGCUCCCGGGUGACGGAUGGGUGCCUCUCGGUCGACUCCCAGGAUGGCGACAGCGGCUUGGACUCGGGCACGGAGCGCUUCCCUUCCGUGAGUGAAGUCUCCCUCAACCGGAACUCUGUCCUUUCCGAUCCUGGCCUAGACAGUCCGCACACCUCGCCUGUGGCCGCCUCCCGGCUCUUUGCACACCACCGACGGCAAGGCUCGGACACCCCCUUCUCUCCCUCUGCAGAGCAGAGCUCGGAUCACACGCUCAGAACUACCAUCAUCGGCCCGGAAGAGGAUUACGAUCCAGGAUACUUGGACAAUGAGAAUGACUCCCUCUUCCAAGACUUGGGGAAGCUGAAGACACGGCCAGCUCACUUAGGAGUUUUUCUGCGCUACAUCUUCUCUCAAGCGGAUCCAAGUCCCCUGCUCCUGUAUUUGUGCGCAGACGUGUACCAGCAGAUGAGCCUCAAGGAAGCCCGGGGGCUGGGCAAGGACAUUUGGCACAUCUUCUUGGACAGAGCUGCGCCCCUAAGAGUCAAGGUCUCAGAUCAGUUGUUGGCAGAAAUUGAGUCUCGCCUGCGGAAUGGAGAGGACGCCCGAAGUGCUUUCCUGGAGGUUCAGGAGGCUGUCAUGCCUGAGAUCCAGGAGCAGAUCCAAGAUUACAGGACAAAGCGUACUAUGGGUCUGGGAAGCUUAUAUGGGGAGAAUGACCUGCUGGACCUGGACGGAGAGCCCCACAAGGAACGCCAAGUGGCCGAGAAGCAGAUGGCGCAGCUGGGAGACAUCCUAUCCAAAUAUGAAGAUCGGAGCCCCCCCAUGAGUUUUGCCCUGAAGACCUAUAUGACCCACGUGGGGAUCUGCCCUCGGGAAGCUCGCCCAGAGAAGUCCCAGGAGAAGGACAAGUGGCUGCCUUUCUUCCCCAAGACCAAGAAGGGCAGCGGCGGGAAGAAGGAGAAGGAGGCUGCAGCUGAGGACAAGAAGCGAAACCCCAUCCUCAAGUACAUCGCAAAGCCCAAAAGCGCUUCUCAGAGCACAUUUCAUGUCCCUUUGUCCCCUGUGGAAGUCAAGCCCGGCAACGUGAGGACCAUCAUUCAGCACUUUGAGAACAGCCAGAACUGCGACGGGCCAGAGGCCAGCCUGCAGCGGCUCUCCACGGGCAGCUUCCCUGAAGACCUUCUGGAUUCGGACAGUUCCAGGGCCGAGAUCAGGCUGGGCCGGUCGGAGAGCCUGAAGGGGCGGGAGGAGCUGAAGAGGCUGCGCAGGGCAGAGAACGUGCCCCGUUCCCGGAGUGACGUCGACAUGGAUGCUGCCGCUGAAGCUGCCCGGCUUCACCAGUCGGCAUCGUCCUCAGCGUCCAGCCUCUCCACACGGUCUCUGGAAAACCCCACGCCACCCUACACCCCCAAAAUGGGGCGCAGGAGCAUUGAGUCGCCCAACCUGGGCUUCAGUGCGGAGACCUUCCUUCCCCACCUGCUGGAGGACGAGCUCGGCCAGCUCUCGGACCUGGAGGUGGAGCCGGACUCCCAAAACUGGCAGCACACGGUCGGCCGAGAGGUCGCAGCCCACCUGUCUCAGCGGGAGAUUGACCGCCAGGAGGUCAUCAAUGAGCUGUUUGUGACCGAGGCUUCCCACCUGCGGAUCCUGCGCGUGCUGGACAUUCUCUUCUACCAGCGCCUGAAGAGGGAGAACCUGCUUUCCCGGGAGGAGCUGGCUCUGCUGUUCCCCAACCUUCCAGAGCUGAUCGAGAUUCACAACGCCCUGUCGGAAUCGAUGAAGAAACUGCGGGAGGAGGGACCCGUGGUGAAGGAGAUCGGAGACCUCAUGCUUUCACGGUUCGAUGGGGCUGCGCGUGAAGAAUUCCAGCAAGUGGCGGCCGAGUUCUGCGCCUACCAGUCCAUGGCGCUGGAGCUGAUCAAAACCAAGAAGCGGAAGGAGACGCGCUUCCAGCUGUUCAUGCAGGAGGCCGAGAGCAACCCCCAGUGCCGGCGUCUGCAGCUGAAGGACCUCAUCAUCUCCGAGAUGCAGCGCCUGACCAAGUACCCGCUGCUCCUGGACAGCGUCAUCAAGCACACUUCUGGGCAGACCCUGGAGCACCGGAAGCUCUGCCGGGCCCGAGACCACUGCCGCGAGGUCCUCAGGUAUGUGAACGAGGCGGUCAAGCAGGCUGAAAACCAGCACCGCCUGGAGGCCUACCAGAAGCGCCUGGAUGCGACCUCACUGGAGCGGACCAGCAACCCCAUCGCGACCGAAUUCAAAAACCUUGACCUUCGAAACCGCCGGAUGAUCCACGAAGGACUUCUGGCCUGGCGCAUCAGCAAGGACAAGACUGUGGAUCUGCACGUGCUGCUGCUGGAGGACAUGCUGGUGCUGCUCCAGCGGCAGGAUGAGAAGCUGGUCCUGAAGUGCCACAGCAAGAUGGCGCUGGGCUCCUCGGACACCAAGCAGACCUUCAGCCCUAUCCUGAAGCUCAACUCCGUCCUCAUCCGCUCCGUGGCAACCGAUAAGCGCGCCCUGUUCAUCAUCUGCACGUCGGAACUGGGCCCCCAGAUCUACGAGCUGGUCGCGUCAACGUCUUUGGAGAAGAACACGUGGAUGGACCUCUUGGAAGAGGCGGUGAAGAGUGCCAUGCGGAAGGCCACACUGCCCCCCCAGUGCCACGCCCAGGAGCUGCGUCCCCACCGGCCGGCCCCAUCCAGCCUCGUGUUCCAGGACGCCGAGAUGGCCGCCGGGCUGAGCCGAGGGAACAGGCCGUCCAGCCGUGGAGCCGAGGAGGAGGGAGGGGCGUCAGAUGAGACCCCGACUGAAGCCUUUGUGACUGAGCAGCCGGAGGUUGGGCACCAAGAGGACGAGGAGGAGGAGGAGGAGGAGGAGGAGGAAGGGGACCCACCUACAGCACUUCCGUUGCAUCCUCUGGAGGAAGCCCCCUCUGGCAGGCCCCCUCAAGGGCCUCCCCGCGUGGACAGCAUGGCUGAAUCCGCCCUGGGGGACGUGGAAACCCUGCGGCGCCUCCUCCUGCGCAGCUUCCUGCCCUGCCAGGACUCUGAACUGGAAGACGACCUGACCCCCACCCCUUCGGGGGCCGGCCCCACCCAGCACUGGGGCUCGGCACCUGCCAGCCGAGAGGAGCUGCCGGAGCCCCUGGAGGGCCAUGACGCCUCUGCUGCCCCCGGCCCCCUGCCGCCGGACUUGCAGGGCGGCGGGAUCCGGCCCCAGUCCUUGGGCCCCACUAGUGACCCUGGGCCCAGCGAGUGCCAGGAUGCGGUGGGCCCCCCUGCGGUCCAGGAGGCUGAAGCUCCAAGCGGCUAUAUGGUGGUGCGGAAAGCUGAGGUGGAGGGAAAUAAAGGUGCUCUGCUCUUGUUGGAGAAAGACAGCCGGGCGGGAAUUGACGCUGGAGGCCCCGAUAAUGCAGAUGGAAACUAUUUCUACUUAAGCCUGCCGGCCAACUCUGACAAGCCCCACGCUGAUGCCGAGAGCAUCGGGGAGCCAGCUGAUCCUUUGAGACGGGCACCAUCCUCACCUCCCGCCAUGCCUUUGCCCGGCUGCCAGGAGAGCAGCACCAGGGAGACCCCGGCAGGGUGGCUUAGCAGGCUGCCAAGCGCGGCAGAGCUCCCUCGAUCUAGCCAAGGCAUUCAAGAUUUGGAUGUGAUCUUCCAGACAAUAGACCAACUCAUGCUGAAGCUGACCAAACUCAAGGACAUGGAAGGGGCCUACCAGCGGCUGCUGCUCCUGCAGCAGUCACCGAGGGGGGACUCUGCCACCGAAGCCAUGCCCGGGCAGGGAAGCAUGUCGCCAGAGGCGAGCCAGAUGUCGCCCAGCAGCCACCGGGGGUCCAGAGGCAGCCACCACUCCCUGCCCACCUCCCCACAGUACCCGGUGGCCGCCGAGCCUGGUACGAGGGCCUGAGGGUCCCGGUGCUCCAUCCUUGCCCGUUGUCUGCCCGGGGUGACCGAAGCCAUUGUCUUUGCAGACCUGAAUGGGCUUUCUCUCGCCCCCCCUGAAGAUAGCUCCCAGGAAGUGACCCUGUAGGGCAAGGAGGGCCUCUGCGAAGGAAGGAAGGAAGGAAGGAAGGAAGGAAGGAAGGAAGGAAGGAAGGAAGGAAAACGCGCCUCCAGGUGACGGCUCCUUGCCCUCCCACCCGUCCCCGGGUUUGCUAAAGGUGGGAGGCGGCCACGGAUGGGACCAGCAGCUGCCAGUACGAGAAAUGGUGAAACCAAGAAGGAAGCAGAGAAAACUGGAAUCCCGCCGUGUUUGAAAGCCCCUGCAUUGGCUUCACGUGAACUCUUUUAUGAAAACAUCUGGAGGUUUCCCCAACUGGAGCUUUUGCUAGAGUGAGAGCGAGCCGACUCUCUCAGCUCUUUCCCCUGAAACAUAAGGAGCCUGUGUGGGUCUCUCUGCUGGCCCACUUUAGGGUUCGGCUCUCCAUUUUCCCCCGAGAGGAAUCCAUGGCGUGCGUGCACGCUUGUGUGAACGUGAGAGAUGUGUAGAUAUACACACACCCUGCAGACUUGCUUUUCCACUGUACAUGACAGCUGGAAUAUAUUCUGUAUAAUUGCACUUUUUUUGGUUUUCCUUUACGUUUCCUCUCCACGGUGAGGAAAAUCUCACCGGGGAGGCCCCGGCUGCUUCCAGACCUUUUCGUUGGAUAUAAAUAUGUAUGUAUGUGCAUUGAGUUUUUGUAAAUAUGAUAGACGGUUGUUUCCCUGUGGUUGGUUUUUUUUUUUACUUGUCUCCAUGCCGAUUUCCCCUCUUGCUGAAGGGUUUGGUCUGAUGGGGGGCAAGUCUGGGGCUGAGAAGACCCCCGGCCCUGUCUGCUGUGCUGGGUGAAGCAGCAAGGGGCUGCCAGGCUCCCACUGAGGCAACAGACCCCAGGAAAGGCCGGCUCUCCUCGCUCUCAGUUGCGAGUUGUCAUGGGACCCCUUCCCAGUCCUGGAGUUUGUGGCACGUGCUGCGCCAGUUACAGUGCAGGUAAAAGGAGGUGGAAGGACGCCAUCUCUUCCUGUGGGCUUGCUGAAAGCCCAUUUUAUUUUAUUGCUUUUAGCGGUGAAAGAUUUUUUAAAAAGAAAAAAGUAAAAUAUUCUUCAACCUCUUGCAUGCGAGAGAGGCCUGUUUUUCCAUUCAAAAGCGACUGCUGCUUUUUUGUUGAAAAGCAAAGAUGCCAACUCUGGAGGGCAGGGGGCGGAAAGGAGGCAGGCUAGGCCCCAGGAAGGCUAGCGGGCCUACCCUUGGAUC